AUGAACGAGGAUCGUCAAAGAGAUAAAACUGUAUGCUCUGCAGUUUUUACUGGCAGGUAUUCAAAAGAAAACAGUACAAUAUUUGUGUUUAUACCAGUUAUUGGGACUCAGUUACUGGCUGACUUGUUUUUGGAAUUUAGGAAGAGUGAAGACAGGAAACAGAAUAGAAGAAACAAUCAAGAAAACUUCCUUGGCUUCAAUGGCAAUCAGGAAUUAUUUCCCUGUGAAGUCUGUGGAAGACGCUUUGCAGCAGAUGUUCUGGAAAGGCAUGGACCAAUACAUAGAAAACUGUUCAACAAAAAGCGUAAACCUUUCAAUUCCUUAAAACAAAGAUUACAGGGCACUGACAUUCCCACUGUGUGGAAGGCUCCUCAAUCCAAGCCUCAAUCCAUGAGAAAAUCUAACUGGAGACAACAACAUGAAGACUUCAUUACUGCGAUUUGAUCAGCAAAGCAGUGUACACUAGCCAUUAAAGAAGGCCAGCCUCUCCCACCUCCACCCCCUCCGUCCAUCAACCUAGAUUAUAUUCGGUGUCCAUAUUGUAUGAGGAGAUUUAAUGAAACCGCAGCCACUCAACACAUUAAUUUCUGCAAGGAUCAGUCUUCUCGCCGAGUCUUUUAUCCAGCCCAGACAGCAGCCAAAUUGGCAACCAGGGCACAGGGUAGGGUUCAGAUGAGUCCAAAAAGAGGAACGACUGUAACCAGUGCCGUGGGAGCUCUGCUGCAGAACAGGGCCCUGGAGGCCAGUGUGGUCCCAACCAGGCCAGGAUUAGCAGUGGACCCUGCUUCUGGAGCAAAACUCAGACAAGGAUUUACUAAACCUAAAAAAAGAUUAACUCCUAGAGGCCAGACUGGCUCCCUAAAAGUCCUCAGCCUGGAUGGCUGUGUACCCAGGAAAGCCACCUAAGGGGAAGGAUGGGGAGGCAUCUGUUUACAUGCCCAUGAUUUCUCUUGAGACAUCAUGUAGAACAAGUAAAUCAGGUAUGUGUCCUGGAAUUGACUGGAGACUCGUAAGCCACAUAAAAGUAUUUAUGGAACCUUCUGUAAAUGGAAUUUGGGAAGCUUGAGCUGAGGGGAGCUGCCACUCUACCACUCUCCGCUUGCUCUGAGAGACUGCCUUCCCUUGGAGAGCUGAACUCAGAAUAGCGCUAGUCACUCAGAAGGAGCUGGUCUGGCUUCUCACCUACACCGAUCCCCUGCAUGUAUGCUUUAAACGCAUUCUCCCCAGCUGCUGCUUUAUGAGAGAUGACCAGUGUCCAACAGAACUUUCUCUGACGGAAAUGGAUGGCUAUCAAAAUGUGAUACCGAGAAACAAAAUUUUCUUAUUUAAGUAGCCACAGGAGGCUAGUGGCUGCUGUACUGGAAGACACAGGCAUUCUCAGUUUCACUGUCAAAAGAGACGAAGGCAAGGCUACCCUUUCCUUCAGGCACAGCUAUGCCGCUCAUUUGCCCUCAGGCGUUUCCCUGAAGCACAAAAGGUAUUUAUGUAGAUCCAGUCAUUUGUUUUAUGAAUACAGUAGAAAGAUUCCCUACUUCAAAUUCCAGCUCACCCCUUUGUUAGCUGUCCUGAGUUUCAGUUUGUGUUAUCUAUCUGAUGCAUGUAAAUGAGCUGGUAGGGACAACCAACUGAAACAAGAUGGAUCUGAAAGUACCCUGUAAUCUAAAAACACCACACAAAUACACGGUAGCAUUUAUAAACACUGGGAUUAAAAGCAGAAACCAUCAGCUGCAAACUGGCACAUGGUUCUAACCACUGAGCUAUGGAUAUAACAGAAAAGAGACACACGUUCUCUCCUAUGUAUGCUUCAUAGUGGGAGGACCCAGUAGCCUGGAUAAUACACAUGCUCAACACACACAGGACAUACGAGGUUGCAAGUAAAAACUGGCCCGAGCUCAUUGUUUCUCAACAGAUACCAACUUUGAUUGCUCACCAACGCACCAAGCAUACAAAGGAAAAACAAGAUUUAUUCAAGAAAAAAGUACCUGCCUUUAGCACUGAAUGAAGUUUUCCCAGAUGCACUUUCCAGCCACUUCCCUAGAUUCAGAAGUCCAACAAGCUGUAGACCUCAUUACCUUUCCCUCUCGGGCCUUCAAAGACGGUGGGUAUAUAAUCAAGGCGUUUUAGACAUGGCCAUACUGUAUUUAAAUGUGAGACAUUUCCUCCAACUCUUUCCCCAUUAAACUUGCAAAGAACAACAACAAAACAUUAAGUCACUUAAGCAUUUUUGUACUUAUUAAACUUAUUGCAUUAAUGCCUUUGCCAAGACUGUUAUCUUUCUGAGUUUUGGUCUCUGUGUUAAAUACACCUAGUCCAACCCUAAGUGCAAAAUUGGUCCUCAGAUGUUGAACUGAAUGAAUUUAUAAUAGUAAACAUUCCUCAGUUUCUUCAGGAAGGCUUUCUUUAAUGAUGAACUCAAAUUCACAACUAGUUAUAACAUUUCAUUCACCAUAACUCUGUAUUUCAUUAAUAUGGAUCUUCAAAUAUAAAUAUUUGCACUGUUUUCAUGAUACAAUCACAAACUAUUAUAAACACAG